CGGCCCCUCCACACUCUCUCUCUCUCUUUCUCUCUGUAAUGUGUCACACAUAAUGUGUAUGUGUGUGUGUGUAUAUAUGUAUCUCUUCUCUUUCUUUCUCUCUUUCUCUCUAAACCCUAAACCCAACGAGGCUGUGACGAUGAAGUUUCGGAGUGUGGGAAAUAGGGGCAUUGCGGUUCUAGGGGGGGCCGUUUGUUCUGGCGAGGCGACCCCGGAUGGCCGGUGAAAUGACGCUUUUGUCAUUUUCGCCGGCAACCGUGUUUGGUUGCAGCCACGGCGGCUUCCCUUUUUCCCUUGUCUGGCCUAUAUGUGCUAAUCUGAGCCUCCCAUAAUACCCUUUCCCAAUUUCUUUUUUUCUCACUUCAGUAUGGGUUAGAACAAUCUUUAUUUGGAAAAUAGUGGUAAAUAUUCUGGAGUUUGUGGCAAAAAUUACUAUACUCUGCUGCAUGUUUGAAAAGAACAUAGUGAUGAUGGUAGCAGUUGAGAUAACCAACUAUUGUGGUCAAGAGUUGAUACCAAUCUUUCUGUCGAUAAAUUUGUACCUCGAGGUGUUUUGAGUGUUUCUAGUGGGCACUCAAGCUCUCAAUGAAAAUAUAUGUAUGUGUCUGGCCUAUUGUUACAGACUUACAGACGACUUGGAUCAAAUUGAAUUGAGUCUCGCCUACCUAUAAUAUGAGGCUUGAUACAAGAGAUUCAUCAACACAGUGUAGAACGUUAUGACAAUCUUCAUCCAAUUUGGGGACAUUUCACGCCAGUCUAAACUAGAAAAAUUAACCGAUGAAGAGAUUUGCAGCGUUUGGGUUUGGGCUUAAUAAAAGAAUAAUACGUGAAGCCCUAAUAGCAGUGCGUGUUGGUGACGGACUACUACCCUGUUCUGUUGAUAGACUGCAAUGUCUUUGCGAAAGCCCCCGAUCCCUCGUCUUCUCCUCAACAACGUCUCUUGUAUGAGGAAUGCUCAGCAGAUCUUGCGUCAUGUAAAUGCCACAGUACAUGAUGGUGGAGCACUUGUGCUGAUGGGCACAAAUGGCUCGGGCAAGAGUACCUUCCUGCGCAUGUUAGCUGGCUUUUCUAAGCCUUCUGCUGGCCAGGUCCUCUGGAACGGGCAUGACAUCACGGAUUCAGGAGUUUUCCACCAGUACAAGCUCCAGCUCAACUGGCUCUCACUCAAAGACGCUGUCAAAGAGAAGUUCACAGUCCUCGACAAUGUCCAGUGGUUUGAAGUCCUCGAAGGCAAGAUGGGGAAUUCCCUGCCUGCUCUGGAGCUGAUGGGCCUCGGCAGAUUGGCCAAAGAGAAGGCGAGAAUGCUCUCAAUGGGGCAGCGGAAGAGACUCCAGCUCGCAAGGUUGCUAGCAAUCGACAGGCCUAUUUGGUUGCUCGACGAGCCCUCUGUUGCAUUGGACACCGACGGAGUGAAGCUGCUCGAGUACAUCAUUGCAGAGCAUAGAAAGAAAGGCGGCAUUGUCAUAGUGGCAACACAUCUGCCUAUUGAGAUCGAAGACGCGACAUACCUGAGACUGCCAGCUAGGUUCCCAAGGAGAAUGACCUUGGUAGACAUGCUUGAUCGUUCAGACUUUUGAUUCUUUUACCUAUUCUUGUUUACACACACCAAGUCACAAACACUAAUUGCAGUCACAUUGUACUUG